UAAGACCUGUUCAACUCAGGUGUACGGUUUAGUUGUAGUGGAUUGUUGAUCAGAGAGAACGAUUGUUAAAGGUGUUCGUUAUCAUUGAAUUGUUAUUCCGGAAGUGUUUCGACCACGGUUCUUCUUUGCAGAUAGGAAGUACGAGAACAAAGAUAAAAUGAAGAUAACCUUUGUGCUAGCAGUGGUGGUUGCAGUAUUUCUGAAAGAAUCCAACCAGCAGUGUUUUCCACCGUUCGCAGGAAACCAACCCAAUAAAAAUGCGCAUGCAAAUCUCUAUGCCGGGCAGCAGGAAUUCUCUCUGGCCCUUCUUAACGCCAUCAACAAAUUGAUGCCCAAUGAAAAUUUGUUUUUCUCGCCGUAUUCCACUUACCAUGCGCUGUUGAUCGCCUACUUCUUGUCCGGGGGCCAAACAGAGACCUACCUGAAGAAGGUCCUGCGACUAAAGGAUGAUUUGGAAAAAUCAGAUAACUACGCCGCCUACAAACUGGACCGGAUAAUGACGCAAGUGCUGGCAAAGAGCGCCCCAUAUGAGUUCACGAAUGCCAACAAAAUAUACGUCGAAGAGGAAGUCCCUAUCAGAGACUGCGUUGCCAAUGAUUUCCCCGACGAACUCGAGAGAAGGUCCUUCAAAACCAAUCCCGAAGGUGCAAGAUUAUACAUAAACAAUUGGGUCGAAAACACGACCCACCAUAUGAUCAAAGACUUGCUUCCUCCUGGAACCAUCGAUCAAAGUACUAACCUCGUACUAGUCAACGCGGCUUACUUCAAAGGAGUAUGGGAGAACAAGUUCCCUCCAGAGGCUACCAAGCAAGAAGUUUUCUACGUCAGCCCCACUAAGCAGAUUAUGGUCGACAUGAUGCACGUAGAAGGCAGUUUCAAACAUGAUAUAUCAGAAUCCCUAGGUGCCCAUAUUCUAGAACUACCUUAUGAAGGAGACAACGUUAAAAUGUUGAUAUUUUUGCCACCGUGGAGUGACGCCGAAGACUCUAUUGAAACAACUCUGAAAAAUCUUAAUGCGGAAACUCUCAAAAAAGUCGUAGACAAUAACGAUUGGAUUCCCAAGACCGUUCAAGUGGCUUUGCCCAAGUUCAGUUUGGAAACUAUGAUUGAAUUAACACCGAUAUUAGAUUCUGGUGAAGGGAACCCGUUCGGUAGUGAUGCUGACUUUAGCGCUCUGACAUCUGAAAAAAUGUCGAUCGGCGAGGGCAUACACAAGGCAAGAAUAGAAAUCAACGAAAAUGGGGCGCAUGCUGCCGCAGCAACUGCUCUGGUUGCCUGGAGAAUGAUGCCCUCGGAAGAAGAUAAAACCAAGUUCAUCUGCAAUAAACCAUUCAUUUACAUGAUUUAUAAUGGCAAAACUCACACAGUGAUGUUUGUCGGGGUUUUCAGAAACCCACCGUCGAAAUAACUGAAUGGGGGCGUUGUUAAUUCUCGAAUAUAAGUCAACUCUUUAAUUGGAGAUAAGCUCUCUUAAAAAGAACAAGCAAACAAAAACUGAAGUUCUGAUUAGAUUGAUAAUUGGGUUAUUCAUGAAACUUAUUGAUUAUUCAUUUUCAAUUUAUUGUCAAAAUAUUCAGAAUGACAUAUCCUGAAAUAAGUAAUUAUCAAUAAUUGUUCAUAUAUUUUUGUCAUAUUUUGUUCCACGUUGAAAGCAACCAAGUCCAUUCAAAACUGAAGAAUUCUUUGGUUGUUGAAAGUUACUGGUAUACAGAGUCGGUAUUUAUGUGGUCUAAUUAAUAAAGGAUAUUAUAGACAUGUUCAACACUGUGUAAACAAUAAAUGAAAACAAUGCUCCUGUUUAAAGAGUUGAUCAGUUUAUUCAGAAAAUUUGUCUUUGAGAUUAUUUUAUAUCCCGUGACAAAUCACUUGUGACUUGCCAUAUGAACUAGUUGCCAUUUUGAAAUUAGAUCUGUUAUAAUUUAUAAAAUUAAAUAUAACGUCAAAUGAUCAA